UUUGUGUCAGAAUUAGUUUGGAUUUUACAACGCAGCAGCGAGUGAUCUCAUAUGUACAGAGAGAGAUACCAAACAUCAUGAGAUGCCACACCCAACAAUCAAAUCCUGCAAUUUUUAAUUUUCACUCAGAUUCCCUUUUUCACUUUUAAUCCAAAACCCUAAUUUCCUUCCCUUUCCUCCAGCGUCGCCGUUUCUCAACAAUUGCUGACCUAAUCAUCAUUCAUCCACCAAUAACGAUUCAAAAAUCCUAACUUUGUGCGAACUAGUUCACUCCCCAUUACUCACUCGACACUCGCUUCGUUUUGAUUCUUAUUUUUUUCUUCAUCUUCCACUAUGAAAGAGGGUAAAUCCGUUAAACUGAAUCAUCAACAGCAGCACCAGAACGGUCACCUCUCGCCUUCCAAAUUCGCCAAAUUGUUUGAUCCCGAAGCUUCCUGGGACAAGGAUCAAUUGGGAGACGUUUUGCAUUGGAUUAGACAAGGGCUCGGCCUUGCGUGUGGAUUCCUUUGGGGUACCAUACCUUUGGUUGGAGGCAUAUGGUUUAUCCUCUUUCUAGUGUUAUCCUCUGGGAUUAUAUAUAGUUAUUAUGCAGUAAUAUUAAAGGUUGAUGAAGAAGAGUUUGGUGGUCAUGGAGCCCUCCUUCAAGAGGGGCUAUUUGCUUCUAUAACUCUUUUCCUGCUUUCCUGGAUUCUAGUUUACAGUUUAGGACACUUCUGAUUGGUUGGGCAUUGAAGCUUCACACAGUUGAAAGAUUUACUUGAUUACGGUUGCCCGAAUUGCAGUUAUCUGCUUUACUUCUAUGUAAAAUGUUCUGAUUUUGCAAUGCAUGCAUGCAUGAACACUAGCUUCUGCAUUCCAUGGUUAUAGCUGUUUUAGUCAAGCAUUUCUAAUGACACCUCGUACUACAGCAAAUUGUGUGGAUUGCAGAACUGAUGACAAUCGAAAUUCUGUUUGUUGAACCGUGAAAUAAAGUUGCUUGCAGGCAAAUUCUGAGGGACCAUUAAUCCUUGAUGUUUAUGCCAUAAAUACAAUUCCCGAGUGGGUUCCCAUUUU